AUGGAAAAAGUGAUGACAAAGGGAAAUAUGACUCCUGAUGCGACGAAAUGCAGAAGUCCUGGACCACCUCCGCAUCAAGCAACUUUUACGUCUACGCCAUGCUGUUCUCGUAAAUGUACGUGUGAGGCACGAAAACAGCGUAACGAAAUGCAUCAAAAAAUCAGAAAUUGGCUGAUGGAGCGCGAGAUGAUGAAAAAAAAUGAACAUUCACUGGAAGAAGCAGAAAAUAAAGAUUCGGGAAUUAACUUUUCCUAUGAUUCGGACAAAGAAAAUUGCCCAUGA